AUGGAAGGAGAAGAUGAGCUCCGGAGAGUAAACGGAGAUGUAGAGGAUGACGAUCCGCUAGUGUUGAGCUCUCAAGCUUUGGCAGCGCUCCAGGAAUUUCUAGCUGACCAGAACAAGACUGUCGCGAGCGGCACGCCGGCGGCGUCUUCCGUCGACGGAGGAGAUGAUUCCGAUAAAGUGGAGCUUGUUACGGAGGAUUGGAGACUCAGCCAGUUCUGGUACGAGCCUGAAACCGCAGAGACUGUAGCUGAGGAAGUUGUCACUCUCUCUAGUAGAUUCUCAGGCGGUCGAAUCGCCUGCAUCGCUUGCCCUACUCUCUACGUUUAUCUCAAGAAAAGGGAUCCGAGUCUCCAUGUGCAAUUGCUGGAGUACGAUAUGAGGUUUGAGAGAUAUGGAGAUGAAUUUACGUUUUAUGAUUACAACGAACCUGAAGAUCUGCCAUUGCAGCUCAGACAUUGCUUCCAUAUAAUCGUUGCAGAUCCUCCCUAUUUGAGUAAGGAAUGUCUGGAAAGAGUUGGUCAAACAAUUUCGUUCCUCGCAAGUCCAGUAGAUUCUUUGUUGCUUCUUCUCACAGGAGAGGUGCAGAGAGAUCGGGCGGCUGAGCUAUUGGGUGUUCGUCCUUGUGUGUUUAAGCCUCAUCACACUAGCAAACUCGGGAACGAGUUUCGGCUGUUUAUAAGUUAUGAUCCAGGCACCAGAUUAGGGGGCUUGGAAGAAGACACCUAG